UGUCGUGGUGAAACAGGAAAAGGGCCUUCCCCAAACUGUUGCCACAAAGUUGGAAGCACACAAUUCUCUGGAAUGUCAUUGGAUGAUGUAGCAUUAGAAUUUCCCUUCAGGGGAACUAAGGGGCCUAGCCCAAACCAUGAAAAGCAGCCCCAGACAAUUAUUCCUCCUCUGCCAAACUUUACAGUUGGCAUUAUGCAUUCUGGCAGGUUGUGUUCUCCUGGCAUUCGCCAAACCCAGCUUUGUCCGUCAGACUGCCAGCUAGUGAAACGUGAUUCAACACUCCAGAGAACGCAUUUCCACUGCUCCAAUGAGUCCAAUGGCAGCACCAUUUACACAAAUCCAGCCGACACUUGGCAUUGUGCAUGGUGAACUUAGACUUGUGUACGGCUGCUCAGUUGGCGAGUCCGUAGCAAACACUUCCAAAACAGCCUUUUACACCUUUCCUUACCCAAUAGCUUGAAAGCAUUGCAGACUAUAAAUAUUAGCUCUGACUUUAUUGCUGUACGGAUUUGCCAUAUGAGGUGAGGCACCCCCUCUGGUUCCCCAUUGUACAUGACAGAUAAGAGUUUUGUGCUAGCUUGCCUUUUGGUGACCAUAAGAACAAUGCUUAUGCAGUACCUGAAUUUGCCACUUGGGUUUCAGUUGACAGGAAUUCCUGCCUGUUGGGAUAAUGGAUCAUUGCUCUGGCUAACCGUACAAUCUAUGGCAGAUAUCCUUGAGGACGAUAUUAAGUUUGGGACGACAGGAAAUUAAUGUUUUUUUUUUCUUUUUCUUUCCAAAAUUCUGAUCUAAAUGUCACUUCUUGUUCUGCACAAAAGCUACACUUGUAAGGUGACAUUAUUGAAAAACCCAAAACCACAGAGUCUGCCUGGCUGAACUUUUGACUUUUCCCUCCAGCUUCAGUGGUGUUAGACGUUGUUUGUCAACCUGAAAUUCUAUGGUUAUUCAGCCAUGUCUGAAAAUACCCAAGGGCCCUGAUGCCAUGACAGGGAUUUCUCUCAGAGAUGUGCUCAAAGACAGCAGUCUUUCCACAGUGGGAGAGUACCAAUGGUGGGUUAGAAUGUGGUGGGAAGUAUCCACAGUGUUGGCCUUGUUAGCAGACUGCUGAAGUUAAUGUGCUGGAUCCUGCAGUAGGGCUGGAUAGAGGAAAGACUACAAGAAAGGAAAAGCUUUCCCUCAGUAAGGCUGAGCUCUACUGAGGAGCUCCAUUACACCAAUAUAGCCCUCACUGUAUCUACUAAACUGGUGCACAUGCAUUUAGCAGACACGUGGUGUGAUGAAUGGGACUCUGCAUUUGUACAUUCAUAAUUUGUACUGUCAUCAGAUCACUAUGGACUUUGCUUUAUAUCGGGAAAUGUUGGCUCUAGCACUGUGGGAAUCCAGAGACAUUAUUCAUUGUCCCAUUUUGAAACUUCCCUGUUAUGGGAGGUCUUGCUAGAUUGUUUUAAGGUUUAAGUCAGUGGUUUUCCUUGGACUUAGUGUUGUUCUGCUUAUAAUCUGUGAUUAACUGCUAAUGGAGCAAUUUGCUAACUAUUCCAACUCUACCUCCUUAUGGUGAUACUAAAACACAAUUAUGUAAUUACGUUUUUACUUUUUAAAAUCAAUAUCUCAGCAAGAUUGAGUACAAAAUAAGGAUUUUACACAAACCUAAACCAACAGUGCAGCGUCCCUCGCUAUCAAGCAUGCUUGUGCUUUCUACAGGCCCAACUUAUUGGCCCUAAUUAAGAGGAAAUACUAUAACUGAAUUAAAAUUGGAUGGCUGAGAUGUACACAAUGUAGUCGAGGGAAAAACUAGAUCAGAAAACUUAAACACCCCAUCCUGCAAUAUAGCAUGCAUUUGCAGAGGCAGAAAACGAUCUGCUGUACAACUUUAAAAGGCUAACAAUUCUUGUAAACAAACUUUAUUUUUUACUUUGGACAUUUCUCGCGACGCACAUAAACAACCUGUUAAGAUGGCACCUUUAGUGAUCACAGUGUGGUAACAUUGCCAUGGUGGGCAUGGAAAAAGUAGCUAUAUAAUUCUAGCUUAUCAUUGGCAAGUUGUUGUGGAGGAGGUAACGUAUCGUGAACUAAUUCGGAAUGCAAUUCUUUAUACAGAAGACAACCUAACCACUGUACUAAUAGCCUUAUUUUUAAAAUUAAUUAAUUAAUUAAUUAAUUAAUUAAUUAAUGUAUUUUCGAUAUUCCAGAGUUUUACUUGGCUGCAAUGCAAAGAUGACACACACAGAAAACAAAUCAAAUGCAUUAUCUUAAAAAAAGGUAUCUAGAGCGUGACAUCUUCAUUACAUUUUCAUUCAAAUUAAGUGCUUUUUCUUUGAAUCUCACAAUGCUGCCAACAGCUGUGUAAAUAUUAUGAUCUAUGAACAGCACAAAUGUCAUCUCUCUCAUUAAGGAGGCCAGCUGCGUCUUGUCUGCUCCUAGUUGAACGUCUAAUUUUGUUUGUUAAAAGGGUGGUACGGAUCUUGAUGCUAGGACUCAAGAGGCUUGAUGAAGAAUUCUUUUGUAAAUGUACAUGAUGUUCCUUCUGUCCAUGGCAACUUGAGACAUUUAUUCGUGUAGCUAAGAAAAUGAAUUAAAAUUAUUCAUGGGGUGGCCUUACAUCCAGGCUGUAGUACUUUUAUGCUCAAAGACUGACCAAUCGGAAGAGGUGGGAAAUUCACGGGCAAUAUGCUGAAGGAACUAUCCCGUCAUAUACCUUGGAUAUGAAUGUUUGUUUACAUGGUUUUAUUAAGUUUAUUUUUCCUCAGUUCUGUCCUGUUUGUUUGGUUUGGAUGUGGGUUUUUAAUGAUAUUUUCUUGGAUACCAGGGUUAGUCUUGUGAGGAUUAAAACUGUCCACAAAUAUCAAUGCCAGAUUUCCCUUUUCAAACCUCUCAUGUUUUCAUGUUAAUAUUGUUAUAGCAUGUCAGCUUUUCCGUGUUUUUUUUCCUUCGUUUUUAUUGAGGCAAUUCAGAUUAGCCUGAUUGCCUUGCUCAGUGGUGCAACAGCUCAGGUGGCCAAAGGUCACUCAGCAAUGUUGUUGACAAUCACAACAAAUACAUUCGUCAAAGAAGGUCUUGUGUUUUGAUGGAUGGAUCAAGGGAACUGGAUCAAUGGUUCAGUUAACAAACCAAACAUUGGGGCUCCUGGGUGGAAGGAUGGAGAAGGAAGAUGUGAAACUUGUGAACAAAGGCCUGGAGGAUGAAAUGGAGAUCUGCGGGUACAGGCCGUGCCGUUGGAAAGUGGCCUUGGUGGGCUUGGGCGUGGUCUGCUCCGGCGGCUUCCUGCUGCUGCUCCUGUACUGGAUGCCCGAGUGGUGGGUGAAGGGCACCUGCACCCGGGCCACCCUCCACCAGGCCGAGGUCCUGCUGCUCCGGUCCACCGAUGAGUUCAAACGGUGGUUCAGAGCCAAGGUGUGCGUGCUUCUGGCCACGGGGAAGAAUCCUUUCUACUUGGGUGACCAGACCUCCCCGGCUGUGGCUAAUGGCCACACCACGCUCUGUUCUGAUGAGCCCCUGGAGGACCCUGGCAGGAAAGGCACCAAACCUCAGCUUGUGCAGAUUCGCUAUUUCACACUCCACAGCACAAAAUACUACUGGAACGAUAAGAUGCAGAAUUUUGAAGUGUUAAAUGGUUUGGAGGACCUGGAGUUGACCUGUUCCUCCGUAUACUCGGACCAUAGCACGGGGCUGACCGAUGAGACGCAGGACCACAGGAGGCUGUUUUUUGGAGUGAAUGAAAUCGACGUGAAAGUGCCCUCAGUUUUCAAGCUGCUAAUCAAAGAGGUGCUAAACCCCUUCUACGUCUUCCAGCUCUUCAGUGUCAUUCUGUGGAGCUCCGAUGAGUAUUACUACUACGCCUCAGCCAUCGUCUUCAUGUCAGUCAUAUCCAUAACUACCUCUCUGUACAGCAUCCGAAAGCAAUAUGUCAUGCUGCAUGAUAUGGUGGCCUCUCACAGCGUUGUACGAGUGUCUGUCUGCAGGGCCAAUAACGAGAUAGAGGAGGCCCUGUCCACAGACCUGGUCCCUGGAGACAUCCUGGUUAUCCCCACCAACGGGAUCAUCAUGCCCUGUGACGCUGUGCUGAUCAGUGGCACCUGCAUUGUCAAUGAGAGCAUGCUCACAGGUGAGAGCGUGCCAGUAACCAAGACCAACCUGCCCAACCCAGACCAGGAGAAGAAAGAGGAGGAAGAGGCCAUCGUCUACAGCGUGGAGGAACACAAGAGACACACCCUGUUCUGCGGCACCCACGUCAUACAGACGCGCUUCUACACGGGCGAGCUGGUCAAGGCCGUGGUGGUCAGGACCGGUUUCAGCACUGAGAAGGGCCAGUUGGUACGCUCUAUCCUGCACCCCAAACCCACCGACUUCAAACUGUACCGGGACGCCUACCUCUUCCUCCUGUGCCUGGUGGGCGUGGCCGGGAUCGGCUUCAUCUACACGCUGGUCCUCAGCAUCAUGAACGAGGAGCCCGCCAGGUUCAUCAUCAUCGAGUCCCUGGACCUCAUCACCAUCACCGUGCCCCCGGCGCUCCCCGCCGCCAUGACGGUGGGCAUAUUCUACGCCCAGCGGCGUCUCAAAAGCAUCGGCAUCUUCUGCAUCAGCCCCCAGAGGAUCAACAUGUGCGGCCAGCUCAACCUGGUCUGCUUCGACAAGACUGGCACACUCACUGAAGAUGGCCUGGACUUGUGGGGCAUCCAGAGAGUGGACAACAGCAUGUUCCUGCUCUCAGAGGAGAGCGUCCGCAGGGAGGCUCUGGUCAAAUCCCGCUUUGUGUCCUGCAUGGCUGUCUGCCACUCCCUGACCAGGAUCAAGGGGGAGCUGUCCGGAGACCCUCUGGACCUGAAGAUGUUCGAGGCCACGGGCUGGAUUCUUGAGGAGCCCACAGAGGAAGAGACUUCUCUCCACAAUCGCAUCAUGCCCACGGUGGUCCGCCCACCCAAGCAGUUGUUUCCCAAGCAGGAGACGACCUCCAGUCAGGACAUGGAGCUGUGCGAGUUGUCGUCGUCCUAUGAGAUGGGCAUCGUGCGGCAGUUCCCCUUCUCCUCGGCGCUCCAGAGGAUGAGCGUGGUGGCCAGACUGCUGGGAGAGAAGCGCAUGGAUGCCUACCUCAAGGGGGCGCCAGAAGUGGUGGCCAGCCUCUGUAAGAAGGAAACAGUGCCGGAGGACUUCUCUGAGGUUCUGGAGGGCUACACCAAGCAGGGUUUCCGGGUCAUUGCCCUGGCCCACCGGCGGCUGGAGUCCAAACUCAACUGGCACAAAGUGCAGAGCAUCAGCAGGGACCUUAUUGAGAGCAACAUGGAGUUCCUGGGCCUGAUCAUCAUGCAGAACAAGCUGAAGGCCGAGACGCCGGGCGUCCUGGAGGACCUUCGCCGCGCCAACAUACGCACCGUCAUGGUCACAGGUGAUAACAUGCUGACGGCCAUAUCAGUGGCACGGGACUGCGGGAUGAUCCCCCCACAGGACAGGGUCAUCGUCGCCGACGCACUUCCGCCUAAAGACGGCCAGGCUGCCAGGAUCGAGUGGCACUACGCAAACGACCCCACCGCGCGUCCCAACAAAGGCUCCCACUUGGAGGUGGUGGACAUCGGUCUGGAUGACGACGACGAGGACAAGCUGACUCUCCAGCAGCGGUACCACUUCGCCAUGAGCGGCCGAUCCUUCGCCGUCAUCACCGCGCACUUCCAGGAUCUGGUUCAGAAGCUGGUCCUCCACGGCACGGUGUUUGCCCGGAUGGCGCCGGACCAGAAGACCCAGCUGGUGGAGGCGCUGCAGAGCGUGGACUACUUCGUGGGCAUGUGUGGCGACGGAGCUAAUGACUGUGGCGCCCUGAAGAGAGCUCAUGGCGGGAUUUCCCUGUCGGAGCUGGAGGCUUCUGUGGCCUCCCCCUUCACAUCCAGAACCCCCAACAUUUCCUGUGUGCCUGACCUGAUCAGGGAGGGCAGAGCGGCUCUCAUCACUUCCUUCUGUGUGUUCAAGUUCAUGGCCCUGUAUAGCAUAAUCCAGUACAUCAGCAUCAUUCUGCUCUACUCUUUCUCAAGCAACCUUGGAGACUUCCAGUUCCUCUUCAUUGAUGUUGCCAUCAUUCUGGUCAUGGUCUUCACCAUGAGUCUGAACCAGGCCUGUAAGCAGCUGGUGGCACAGCGCCCCCCACUGGGCCUCAUCUCCAGGCCGCUGCUCUCCUCCGUCCUGCUGCAGAUCCUGGUGUGCCUGGGCUUCCAGGUGCUCGCCUUCCUCCUGGUGAAGGAGCAGAGCUGGUAUGAGGAGUGGACCCCUGCCUCAGAUGCUUGCAAUAUGUCCCAUUCAUCUGCUCACAACACAACUGGGUCCAGUAAGCACAGCGAGAGGAACAUCGAAAACUACGAGAACACGACCAUCUUCUAUGUCUCCUGCUUUCAGUAUCUGGUCAUCGCCAUCGUCUUUUCCAAAGGGAAGCCUUUCAGGCAGCCCAGCUACAGAAACUGGCCAUUCCUCCUGUCUGCUGUGUUCUUCUACUUCCUCCUGUUGUUCAUCAUAUUGUAUCCAAUUCCUGCCAUCGAUAAUGUCCUGCAAAUUGUGUGCGUCCCUUACCAGUGGCGAAUCAGGGUGCUCGUUAUCGUCGUAGCCAAUGCUGUCGUGUCCAUCCUGAUAGAGGCUGGCAUUGACCGCUGUGGGGCCAGGUGUCUGGCACGGCUGUGCUGCCAAAGGACGCAGUCCUCUAAUGUGCGCUACAUGCGCCUGGCCAGGGAGCUGCAGAAGGACCCCUACUGGCCCCCCAAGGCCAGAACCACCACCGAGGCCCAAACUCCCCACUGCCCCGACAACACAUUCCACCUGUUAGCCUCCUAGCAUCCGCGCUAAUCCUGACUGGAUGCUGUCAUCACAGGGACCUUUGGAACCGAAGCCUUUUUAUAUCGCACAGAAAAUUAUUUACACCCUCUUCUAAGAAGGUGCUCGGAGGAGGCGCUGGGUCGGCUGUUCCUUCGCAAUGCAGAGCUGUGCUGGCAGGCUGGGAACAGGCCGAAGCCCUUUUCCGAAAUCUGCGGCUUUCCCGUUCCUCGUUGCUCGAACAGGAUUUCUUGCAAAGCUGAGGAUUUAAAAGCAGCUUCUUGUUUUGACUGUCAUGUAAUUUCAAGGACCAGCACUAAUACAUGUAGCUACCUAAACCUAAAAUGUAUUUGACACUGUAUUAGGAGGAGGCAGUGCCAUGAGGCAUUUAUCUGUGCAAAUGAGACCCAUCCUUGCGCCACAUCAAAUGCUGCUGGGAGAUGGUGAAGCCUUGGGAGUUGCCAGUAGCCAGUAGGUACACGUUCAUAAACAAUGCAGGUAUUUAAGCAAUUUCAACAAUCUACACGACAUACAGUAAUUAUAACUCAAUGGGGUUCUUGGGAUCUUCUCCACUACAUUUUUUUCUACUGUUGUUUCCCUUUACGCUUCUUUUCUUCCUGUGGAAGAACAAUCCUGCCAUGAUAACCGCAGAUGCCUGGGUACCGUGAGGCUCUAUAUUUGCGCACAGUUUACGCGCAAGUUUCUGAAAGUGGGAUGGGUCUAGCGGACCGGUUUGGAGCGCGCCCAGCACAAGUCAGUGUGGUGUCAGUGCAGAUGCCUGCUGCAUUCUCUGACCACGGUUGAAGGAGGGCGUUCUAUCCCGUUUGUUCUCCUAAAGGGUCACCCACAGAAACGGAAGUAUUCAUUCAGCGGUGGUGGUCACUAUAACCGUCAAGUGGAUGCCUGUUGUGGCCGGCCAUAUUCCACAGGUUUGCCCUCCGUUUAACUGGAUUCAAAUCAAAGAAUAUUCUUUAUGAUUAAUAAAUCACCUUUUAUAUUAGAAUAUUGGUCAGCAGUUUCCUUUCAUUUAGGAAACCAUGUCAGAUAAGGCAGGAAAAUGACCCUCACACAGUAGUGGAUUAGCCAAGUAAUUUUGCAUCUGCACCAUCCAUAUUGACUAUGUUCGUUCCAAAACUACUUUCAGUUGUGCUUUACUUGUAUCAACCGUAUUAAUUGUGACCUCUGAUUUAUGCUGUUGCUGUUCUUUGAGUUGUACAAAACAAUAUUUCACGUUUUUGUAUUAAAGCAAUAAUAUAUUUUAAUAAAAAUGCACUUAAGUUGGAAUUGUUUCAAAAUAAGUGUUAAUUUAGAAGAUACAGUUUUACUGUUUUAAACUUAAUAGUCAUUCAAGUGAAAAUUAGACUUUUAAAACUAAUCUCUCAUCUAAUUUUCACUUAUUUCACUGCCUUUGCACUUUUACAAUGUGUGUGUAAAUAUCUUUGUGUCUUUCACCUGAGGUGCCUUAAUGCAGCAGUUUCCAAACUUUCAAAGACCCCGUCCAACUUCAGUAAAAUAGGUAAUGUUUAACACCAUAAUGCUGCACCAAACAUGUAAUUUAAGUUUCACAAACUAGUGCAUGAACGCUUGUCUAAUGAGACUUUGUGUAUCUACAUCAUGGGGUGAGUACUUCUGUAAGGCAUUAUUCGAUGCAAAAUAAAUAUGCAAUAAAUGACAGUGCAAUUACAGUUGUAAGAUAUACAAUUUAUGAAAUAAGGAAAUAUAAAGGACAUAUCCUUAUUCUUAACAUUGCUAUUCUGCUGAGGAUCUCCUUUGCAGACUCCCAGAGGUCCUUAGACCCCACUUUGGGAACCCCUGCCUUAAUGUUUAAACCCAAGUGGGCUAGGCAGCUAAUUGUAGUUCUUCCGUUUGCCAGUCUGGUGCCACAUGGACACAUUCCUGAAAUGCUGUUUUUACUUUAUAUAUACUGUACAACACACUUGCAAACGGUUGUUUCUUUACUGCAAGUAGUUUUUUCUUUAAAUGAAAUACUGUAAUGGAAAAGAAAAUGUCCAAAUAAAAAUGAUAUGUAGUUUUGUUACGUUAUAAAAAUGUGUUCAUUGUACCGAUACUAAAAGCAUAAAUAGAGUACUGCAUUGUAGUAGGCAUUGUCCUCUAGAUGCUCAGGCCCCUGAAAUAAUCAGCUUUUCUGAUAUGGCUUUGUAUGUGAAUAAUUGGCAGUAAGUUGAAUAACAAUAAUUUACUCUAAAUGAUAACCAGUGGACCCAGAAAUGUUUGGUUUGGUAUUUUAAAGUUUAUAGAACAUGCAUUUAACAUUACGUUUUUGCAAAUUUACAUUUGCUGUGAGAUUGUUGAAAUAAUUAUAUUUUAUAUUUUAUAUCUUUGUAAUUUUUUUCCAUGUAAUUUGUUUUAUCGUUGUGAUGAGGGGAAUAGCUAUUUGCAAUUGAUUGUAUGUUGGUACUAUUUGACUGAAAGAUUGUUCAUUAUUAAAUAUCUACAUUUUUGUGAUGUCUGAAUUUAUUUAAUGCAGUUAAUUUAAAAAUAUAUAUUUUCAUGCUACAAAUGUAACAGCAUCUGUUUUUUUUAUCUUAGAGUUCAUGGACAUGGGUAAUUUGUUAAGCAGUUUUGCUCGUAUUGGGUGGUCUGAUAAUUUUAAACUAAAAGAGCAUAGUAAAAACGGGUUUAAAAGACAGACAAGUUGGUGAGAAAUUAACCUGAGCUCACACGAUCAUUUGCUUAAUUCUUAAAGCAAUGUGCUGGUUCUAUUUAGGGAUGCUCAUAUUUCUAACAAACUGAGCUUUUGCACAAUAGGUCUGUAAACGUAGUUUUUACUUAGGGAAAAUGUGUAAUUGUACUACAUUUUAUUGUCAUCACUCAAAUGACUUUAAUAAACCUGAUAUUGCACAUAA